CUCUCAAAAGCAUAUUACUCGUUUAUCUGUCAUGGAGCCGCUUUAAAAACCAAAAAAAAAACAUGGCGAGUGGUUCCUUGCGUAGAUUUUCUACAAUUUUCGGAAAAACUUUCAAUGUGACAGCAACUGCACAUGGAAAAUACUUGGUGUCGAAUAUUCCGCAAUCACUGGUGCCAUGUUCAAUCGCCAUCACUCCACCGAUUCGUUACUCUAGCUUCCAAAGUUCGCAUCCAGUCGAGCCGAUCGAUCAAUAUCCAGAAGUUGAAGUGUUAACAAAUCCACCCGAAUGGAAAUACGUUGAGCGAAUCCUUCGUAAACCGUUAGUGCCAGAGCCUGAACCCAAGCCGGAAUAUCCAUCGGGAUGGAAACCACAAACUGAAUGGAGCCAUCCAUACUUCGUGCGGCGGACAAAGAACCACAUGAUACCGGUGUAUCUGGAGAAGUUUUUCCGUGGACAGCGACAUAUCACCAAGUUGCAAAAAAUUCAGGGCGACAUUUGGAUGUUGGAGCGUGAACUGAGCGCAUGUAUUGAGGCACGAGUCGGUAAGAAAAUCGCCACCAGAGUGAAUGAACUUAGUGGUCAGAUCUGGAUGAAGGGAGACUAUGUCACGAUUGUUAGAGAUUUUGUAAUGAAAAAAGGAUUGUGAUGGGGUGGCUAGGACGUGUUACGAUUGGUUAGAAUAAAAUUACGUUUUUGAUGAAAA